AUGGUAGCGCAUGCUCAGAGGCAUGAAAAGUCUGGGCCAGUCUAUGAAGGCUAAACUGCAGCCUCUAAAAUGCAAUAGCUUUGGAGUCUAGCUUCUGAAAGAUAAUAGUCUCAAGCAUGGCUUUGGACUCCAUUUACCCUGGGUAUAUUUUUUGAAAACGUUGCAGUUACUACCUAGAGAGUAGCUGAUACAUAUGAAGAUACUUUAAUAGGAAGGAGAUUUAAGUUUGUACACUCAGUUGGGAGUCUCGCUAAAUUCCAAUAUACUACAACUGCUAAUGCUGAGGGAUAUACAGGGAUAUUUGCCUCAGGCUGUGAUAAUGGCAUUAUUAGAUUUUCUACUGCGAAGGAAUUUAUAACUUCUAAAUCAUCAGCUGAUUAAGCUUACGAUAAUUUCAUACCUGCAAUUGCUAUGAAGUUUCUGAGAAGCGGAGUUCAUUCUGGGAACGUAAUGGGAAUGUAUGGAGUGAACGGAAUUCAUUCAUGGAAUUUCUUCAAAGAAGAUUUCAGCAACCAUAUCCCAGGAUCAGAUGGAAUUUUAUUAAAUCUUAUUGGCACUGCCCUUUAAUCAGCGACUCCCUUUGUCUAGUACUUGGGACUUUCAGAUAUUGCAAAAUAUGAUCAAGAUGGAAACGAGGCUGCAAAUAUCAAGUUUCCUUUUAAACUUGUAUUCGAGCCAUAACUAAGAAAUCUGUUCCCAGAAACCUUUACCUUGGAUUAUCAAGAAUAACUUGCCACUAUUGCUAGCAACACUGUACUCUACAAGGUAUAUGCUUACGAUGGCCCUCACUCUGUUAACAAAGUAGAAAUUGGACAGUUGAAAAUCACUUCACAAAUUAUGAAGAGUGAAUUCGGAGAUAAAUUCCUAUUUUUCAAACAUUAAGAUAUCAGAGAAGAUAUAGCUCUGAAACCAGAAUGGCAAGGAAGCUAUGAUAGAGCGUCUGUGACAUCUACAUAAUGCCCAGUAGCCAUCUUAAGCAAUGGAUUUAAAUACCUAAUGGAAGUGUUCAAAAGUAUGAUCUUCUGA